ACACCCAUGUACACAGCUCAAAGGUAGGAUCAGCAGAAAAGAGUCCACGCGACUGGAAACCGUUUAAAUACGCUUACGGCAUUAUUAUCUUCAUUAUUGUUUUGUAUUCCAUCUCUUUAUAUGACAAAAUUAUAAUGACGUCACGAAAAUGAUAAGUGGCGCGGAAUUUUAAAAGUAAAUAGUGUACAGAAAUGAUCAAUCGAAGUUGCACUUACCUCUUACAUUUUCUGGCCUCCAAAAAUACCGUUGUAUUGGCGCCUCAGAUGGCUUAAAAAGCAUGAAUGAUCGUGGAAUGUAAUGUCCUAGCAAUAAAUUAUAGAUAAAAAGAAAUCAGAAUAUCCAAGCUUUAUGCUUAUAUCCUAAAAGCUUUUCCAGUGUAGAUGAAAACAAUCACUUUUUUUUUUCGAAAGAUCGUAUUUAUGUUUCACUGAAAAUGAAUAAUAUACAGAAUACUAAAACGUACAAAAUAAGGUAAAAAAAUGGAACACAUCUAUUUUCUCGGAGCAUACUUAGGCCAGCUACAACCGAUGUUGAAACAAGGAAUUCAUACUUUUUGGGUAUAUGAUGAGACGCCGUAAAAAUAUAAAAUUUUCGUCAUUGCUCGUUGACGUGGGAUGUAGAACUUAAUAUCAAAUUUGUGUCGUAUUGUUUUCUUUUUGGUACUGUGAACUCAACAAAAAUAAUGUUGAAUGAAUAUUCUCCGAUAAUUACAGCUGUUCAAUAAAAAAAACAUAUCGUCGCUUGAGUUCUAAUACCGUGUCACACAAAACAACUUUUCACUAGAGCUAAAAGAACGGUGGGUCUUUGGAUUCGCUAUCGAAUGACAUGCAUUUCUCUUAUAAUCCUCCAUGUUUGUCUGGUGGCAAAUAAAACCUCAUAUGCUUGAGAUACUGUCUACUGACGAGGUUUCUGCAAUCACGGUGACCUUUAACAUGUAAAUGCAUGUCUUAAUUUUUUUAGUAACGUAGUGUUGGAACUAAAGCGACGAUAACUCAAAUACCAAAAAAUAUACUUUACAUCAUUAGCGAAGCAUCAAAAUAUCAGCACCCCACUUCCUGCAUGUUUUGCGACAUGUGAAACACUUCUGCGGUCAACUAACUGCAGGAGACCUUCAUAACCUGGACGUUUACCUUUCUCCUCACUACCUGCUAUAUCACAGACACCACAGUUAAACCGCAUGCAGGAUUUUAGACACCACAAUAUCAUUUCAGACACCUCUCCAAUUACUGUUUUAACUACGGAGUGACGCUUCUCUUCUAUAGUCCAUAUUAUUUCUACAGUUGACAGAUGCUUUUUGAACCACCUUAUGUGCUAAUGCAACGUUGCAAUUCGGUAGUUUUUGGAGGUCAGAAAAUGUAAGAGGUUUGGAUUGCUCAUUUUUGUACUUUUACGUCUACUAAACUGUAAAAAUAAAUAUUUGUACACGGGAUCAUUCUGGUUGCUCUAAAAUUUCUCUCUAAGCUUACACCGAGGUAUUUUAAGGAUUCCUGAGAUCAUAUAAAUUCUGUUUAUUUCCAGUCAAAGGGUGGAGUCAACAUACAAACUGGAAAAAGAGCAUGUUCUGUUAUGCCUGAAGGUUCAGUUCUCUGGAAGAACGGGAGUUUUGCUUUGUGACCCAGGAUACCACGUUUCUAGAGUAAUCACCAUUAUGAAUGAUAAUAACUAUCCUCAUACAGGCUGGUACAUCCAAGCUGAAGACGACGACGUCUGCAAAGAAUACUGCUACCACUUCAGCUCGUUCAACCCCAAUUUCGUGGAAUGGGACGAACGCACAACGCGUAAGGGUAAACAGGAAUGCUUCACAGGUCUCAUCUACGUUGGGAGACCUUACCAGACAGCGGUUGACGUCACAGAGAGGAGGAACCUUGUGUACUGCUUCAGAAGUUUACUGUCUAGAGACCAGAAGGGUAACCUAAUUGCAGGGAUCUACUUCAAGGUCAAAGCUAAUGGGGAUGAGUUUACGGUGUUCUUCCAGAGCAUGGGGAAGCAGAGAAUUAAAAUGAAGUUUUCGGACUUCUUGCAAGCUAAGAUUAACAAAGACCUGCUGGACAAACUUUCCGUGUGUAACGAUCAGUUAAACCUGCCGAAAAACAAAUUGUUGAACAUCAUCCAACGCACCGGCCAAAUCUUGAGGGACGAGCCGUUCAUCCAACAAACACUUGACAUUGACAGAUGUAUCAACUUGGUCUCUGCAGACAACUAAUUGUUCUCUCAAGUUGUCUUUAAUCAUUUGUUACACACACUUUUUGUUACCGCUUCAAUUUCACUAUAGUUAUUAGUAGUUCUUUUUUCUUCCCUAUAUCGCCAAUUUCAAUCUAUUAUAUCGGAGUUCUGAAUUCAGCAAUGCACAUGUUGUUUUCCACUAUUUUACGUAAUAAAUAGGUUAUACUUAUAUUAAUUUCCAUUUAACUCAUCCAUUUCAUUAUUGUGGUGUCGGAAUUUUUUCAUUGCAUUUCAUUGAAUUGUUAUAUUGUAUUCAAAAUAUAUACUAUACCCGUUUUACAUCAACAGAUGGAUUUCUUCAAAGUUAUCCAGAUUAUGUUUUGCAGUGCGUGCAACUUGACAAAAAUUAGAACAAGUCUUAUAAUUGCGUGAAGACUUCCACGAAGAAGUUCAUGAAUUUAUUUAACGUAUGAUUUCUGUUGUAUACAUUUGAAAUUUGGCCAUGAACUCGGUUCAUGUAGAAAUCCAUGGAUUUUAUUGUCGAUGUGAAACGGGUAUCAAAAUCAUUUUGCUUCCAUUCUCGUAUAACAUUUUACACACUUUUUACUUAUUCCAUCACAUAAUCAGCACAGUUCAUAAUAGAUAUAGUAUUAUUUAGUAAUUUUUAAUUUUAUUUUUUAUGCCGUGUAUGAUUUUUUUAUUUUGCUGAAAUCAGAGCUUCUGUCUAUAUAAAGCUUGCUGUGUACUCUAGCGUUUUGUAUGCUAUGAUUUAACACGCAUAUAGGUAAAUAAUACACAUCACCUACUUUAAUUUUUUUGUUGGCUGUCUUUUUGUCAUUUCAUGUUGGGAAUAAAUAUCAUUUUGCUUGGUGGAGGAUCUUCAUUUCUGCUUAAAUCGUUUCUAAUAGUACAGAUGCAUAACAAAACUUUAUACUCGUCAAACUAACAGCUCUGCCAUUCAAGAGUGGUUUUUAAAGACUUAUCCGAAUGUAAAAUGUCAUCGAGUAUCUGUACCAUAAGAAUCGUUAUUCAUUUGUUUACUGUUUUAUUAUUCAUAUCUGUAUCCAAAAGAUUGUAACUUGAUUUUGCAUAAAUUAAAUAACUGUGUUUACAAAAUAUUGCUUGAUUUUGUUAAUGUUGUAGGUACCACUGUAAAAUUCUAGAAAAUAUAUUCUAUUCGUUUGCGAAAUGGUCAUGCACUGAGGUUAACGCGUAAUCAGACAUAUACUAGUUUCAUUAAAAUUGAGCAUAUAUCUUUAUCUAACGGUGCAUGAAGUCUUAUACAGAAUAUUUUUCAUGCAACUGUUGCGAUCACAGAUUUGUAUUCUUUACACUGAAGUAUGUGAGCCUAAUUUUAUUGUAUUUUCUAUUUCUUACAAAACUUUUAACAAUAAACAACUUCCAGC